CGCCUCCCCUCUCGCGGCUUCCUCCUGCCCUCCGACCGCCCUGCCGGCACCGGAGCCGUUCCGCCGUGCCCGGCAUGCCCGAGCCUUUGCCCCCCACGCAGCUGCUGGUGUCGGAGCGGGCCGUGGUGCUGGUGUCCUGCGUGCUGUCCUCGCUGGGCUCCAGCCUGCUGGUCUGCACCCAUGCCCUGUGGCCGGAGCUGCGCACCCGGCCCCGCCAGCUGCUGCUCUACCUCUCGCUGGCGGAUCUGCUCUCAGCCCUCUCCUACUUCUACGGGGUGCUACAGGACUUCGACAGGACCUCCUGGGACUGCGUGCUGCAGGGUGCCCUGUCCACCUUCUCCAACACCAGCUCUUUCUUCUGGACCAUGGCCAUUGCCCUGUACCUCUACAUCACCAUUGUGAGGGGCUCGCCCACAGGCACGGGCUUGCUCUGCUGCUUCCACGUCGUGAGCUGGGGAGUCCCCCUUGGCAUCACGGUGGCAGCUGUUGCCCUGAAGAAGAUUGGCUAUGAUGCCUCCAACGUUUCUGUGGGCUGGUGCUGGGUCAACCUGGACGCAGAGGAUCGUCUCUUGUGGAUGCUGCUAACGGGGAAAGUCUGGGAGAUAUUGGCCUAUGUGACCUUGCCAGUGCUCUACAUUCUCAUCAAGAAGCACAUCAACAGAGCACAUGCCGCUCUCUCGGAGUACCGCCCCAUUCUCUCAAGGGCACCUGCGCUGCAGCCCCGCACUGCCAUAGCAGACAAGAAGUUGGUUCUCAUCCCUGUCAUCUUCAUCGUCCUCCGCAUCUGGAGCACCAUCCGCUUCAUCCUCACCCUCUGUAACUCCCCUGCGGUGCAGAAUUCAGUCCUGGUCGUCCUGCAUGGGAUUGGUAACACGUUCCAAGGAGGUGCCAACUGCAUCAUGUUUGUCCUCUGUACGCGGCUGGUGCGGACUAGGCUGCUUUCCUCCAUCUGCUGCUGCCACCACGAUGAGCCAGAAUGGCACAGAUCAAACAGCCACUGGCAGAGCCCAGAACCCCACAAGGACAAGGAUGUGCCAGGCCCUGAGCGGACAAAACCUCUGCUUUCCAGCACCUGAGCCUGGGCUGCCUGCGUCUCGGAGCUGAUUUCUUUCUUGGUAAAGAUCUCCUGUGAGUCUUUUCUCCUGCCCUGCCUGUGCCAGCUUCCUGGCAUGAGAGGUGGGGAGCAGUGAUCAGGAAGCAGUUGGCAGGGGCAGGUUUUUGCUGCUGCUGUGGGAGUUCCCUGUCCACCUCCCCAGUGUGCUCCUCCGGGGUGAAACCACUAAUAGAACUGAUCCACCCCCCCUUGCCCAUCAGCUGAGGCUGUGUCUGUACCUCAAGCCUGUAAAAGGAGGAAACAGACUGCACUGCUGUCUGGCUCAGAGGGACAGCACAGCAGUGAAAGCUGAAGAAGAGGAAUUAGUGGUUCCUUCUGGUGUAAAAGGUCAUGCACACACACAUUUCUCCAGUGCUACCCAGUACAGAUGCCCCAAGUGCUCCUCGGAUGGUGAUGCAAUCCCUGCUGCCCACUCUUGCAGAAAGAGCAUUUGGAAUGUGUUCAGUUUUUUGCAGCCAGCCCUGAAGCAAAAUGGUCUCCAACUUGUCUUAAGGGAAAUCAAAACACAACACCACAAAUACAAAAUAGGACCCCCCCUCCAGAAACGCCCAACCAGCCAGACCUAAUCAAAACAGACUCCUUGUUCUCAGCUGCCCUUUUCCACAGCAGCAAUGCUGUGGGAGGAAUGUGCAGCUUCAUGGAGUGACAUUGGCAGCUCGCAGGGGUUCAGGGAACCCUGCUGGUUUGUGAAGGUCACUGGAAAGUCUCUGAUCAUGUCCUGUGGCAAGGUCAGAGCAAGAAAAAAGGGCAACAGAGGACCUCUAACAAGUGUCUGUAGCUCCAAACACUGAAGCUGAGUGGAGCUGAAAUGUGAGGUUUAUAAUAAGGGAGGUGAGGGCAGUGGUGCUUGGCUGUUCCAGACGAGUCUCACUCUCUCUGGCAUGAAGUGCAGUCUGUGAAGAUGAUUCUGGACUCCUCCUCAUUAGGCAUGGCCUGGAGAACUUUCUCUCAGGUGCCCCUGAAGGUGGCUGGACUUGAGGUACCUGGCUGCCCUUUGGGAAUGGGUCCAUUGUGCCUGUUUUCAGCUGCUGCAAGGUGAUGUCCCUGGGGCUUGAGCUACAGCGAGGCUGGUGUCCUGUCUCAGGCCAAACCUCUGUGUGUCAGCUGCAGGCAGAUGGGUCCUGGGUUUUAAUUGUGCUUCAUUUUGAGCAGGUGUGGGAUCACCCCAGAGCCCCACAGAGGGAGCUGAAGCCUGGGGAAAAGCACUGCUGGAGUGGCUGAGUGAACAGAAGAGGUUAUGCAUCUCCUUGGCAUGCAGGUAGCAUCUGCUUUGGUCUUGACCAUUGCUGAGGAUCCUCUGGAAGACACUGGCUACAUACCAGCCUCCUGGUUUUCUUCCAUCUUUCUCCCCUCCUUCCAUUAUUAGCCUUUAAAAUUGUUUGGGAGUUUGCUGUUCUGUCUGUAUGUUGUAACUUGUGGGGCAGACAAAGGUCAUGGUGAUAGGAAAACUUCACAGCUGCUGAACUGGACUGUUCCAGGCAUGGAUUUCAGUUUUGGUGUCUGAGGUCUUCCAGGGAGCUCCAGCCUGGCUCCUGUUCUUCACUUGAACGUGGACAAUAGUGUGCAAACAUGCUUGUCUUGUGGUGGUGAUGGAUGGAUCUUCUUCAUGGUUCAUUCCUCUUCCUUGGUGGUUAGGGCUUCUCAUCAUCAGGGCUUGUGGUGGCAGCAUGCUUUGUGCUUCCUGGGAAAAUGUGAACUCUGUAGACCCCUUGAUGCUCAGGGAUAUCUGGGUGUACCACCCCAGCUUUUGGCAAGGACAGCCCCCACCAACAGCAAGGCAGUGCCUGGCAUAUGCUCUGAACUCCAGACGUCCUCUGCUGAAGCACAACCUCUGGUCUGUCCUUGCUCUGGGAGCCUGCCAUCAGCCCCAGGGUGGGGGGGGGGUGGCGUUUUGUGCUGUUAGGAGGUAGUGUUUUAUUUACAGUUCCUCCCUUGCUUGUUUUUUAAACAUUUUCUCCAGCUUUUACAAAAUAAAGUUUUAUUCUUUACCAA